AUGCUCGUAAUCGGGUUGGGUUUGGGGCGUGUGUACAUAAAGUUUCAAUGGCGUCACCGUAUACACCACGAUUGCGCAAUUUAUAGACUUUAUUACAUUAGAGAAAUUUGAUCGGUUAUGAGAAUAUUGCACUUCAAAAUCUGUGUUUCUUAUAACGUUAUUUCUUGUAUAAAGACGCGACCGACGAUCGAAUGGUGCCAGCGCUGCUACCUUGCUACCAGAUUUACCUACAGAAACUUGAUAGCGGAUUUAUAGGUGUAGUCAGUUGUAACAUAUAGGUUAAAGGACAACAGGUGUAACAGUAUCACCAUAGACCCAGUUAGGGGUAUAUUAUAAUAUAAACAUAUAUAUAGCGUACAUACAGGAAGUAAAUUGUACAAUAUAGGCUAUAAGACAACAGGUUUAACAGUUGAUAUAAUACAUCAUGGACGGGAAUAGUGUUUUAUUAUUUGUAUUGAUUUAUACUACUGUGAUUCAAGAUGUCAAGGCUGCUAGACUCACAAUAUCACCAUCCCAGAAUCUACAGGCAGGUGCUACAUCUUUAACAUUACGGUGUUCACCUGUUUCUAAUGCUGUUUAUACUAGACUAUACAGUAUAUUGAUAAACAAACGUACCCUGGUACAGAAUUCACAAACAACAAAUAUGGCAGCAAUAGAUGGGACAGGGACUACACCUGGAACAGGAAUAACACCACCUAAAUAUACAGUGACUGGUAAUUAUGAUAUAACCCAGCAACCAACCCAAUGCUACCUACAAAUUAUUAUAAAUAAUCCUGAUUGUAAUGAUGCUGCUGAAUAUCAAUGUAUAACAACUGGAGCUCCUACUAUAUCUACUAAUCCAGGGACGUUACAAGACGAUAAAAAUGUCACAGUUCAAAGUAAUCCCGGUACGGUAGAAAUGACCCGAUUUCAGGAAAAGAUGAAUUAUAGUGUUGGUGAAAAGAUUGAGAUUAAAUGUAAAGGAGAUGUUGGAAAUCCUGAAAAAUCCUGGUUCUGGGAAUCAAAAUUAACUAGUGAUUCCUUCUUUAACCCAAUAAGAGAGAAUAUAACAAAAGGCACAGUUGAUCCACCAACAUCAACUCGAUGUGGAUAUUAUUCUAGAAGUACAUUGAACUAUUACGUUGGUCAAGAUGAUAAUGGUCUGGUAAUCAGAUGUAAGGCUGAUAACUCUGACCUGCACAGUGACAAUAAAACUAUCUACGUAACAAAUGCCAAAGCUGUUAGACUCACAAUAACACCAUCCCAGAAUCUAAAGGCAGGUGCUACAUCUUUAACAUUACGGUGUUCACCUGUUUCUAACUCUGUUUAUACUAACCUAUACAGUAUACAGAUAAACAAACGUACCCUGGUACAGAAUUCACAAACAACGCUCAUGGCAGUAAUAAAUGGGGCAGGGACUACACCUGGAACAGGAAUAACACCACCUAAAUAUACAGUGACUGGUAAUUAUGAUAUAAAUCAACAACCAACACAAGGCUUCCUACAAAUUAUUAUAAUUAAUCCUGAUUUUAAUGACGCUGCUGAAUAUCAAUGUAUAACAACUGGAGCUCCUACUAUAUCUACUAAUCCAGGGACGUUACAAGAAAAUAAAAAUGUCACAGUUGAAAAUGCCAAAGCUGUUAGACUCACAAUAACACCAUCCCAGAAUCUAAAGGCAGGUGCUACAUCUUUAACAUUACGGUGUUCACCUGUUUCUAACUCUGUUUAUACUAACCUAUACAGUAUACAGAUAAACAAACGUACCCUGGUACAGAAUUCACAAACAACGCUCAUGGCAGUAAUAAAUGGGGCAGGGACUACACCUGGAACAGGAAUAACACCACCUAAAUAUACAGUGACUGGUAAUUAUGAUAUAAAUCAACAACCAACACAAGGCUUCCUACAAAUUAUUAUAAUUAAUCCUGAUUUUAAUGACGCUGCUGAAUAUCAAUGUAUAACAACUGGAGCUCCUACUAUAUCUACUAAUCCAGGGACGUUACAAGAAAAUAAAAAUGUCACAGUUGAAAGUACAGGGGCUAUUGUAAGUGGUGCUGUUGGAUAUAUAAGUGUUAUAAUGGUCACGGUAAUGGUUGGUGUGGUAUUUUAGUUCUGCAAGAAAAGACGUCAGCUGAGUAAGCCAAAGGAAGAUAAUAUUCCUGAUUAUGUUUAUAGUAAUACAUCUUUAACAUCUACGACACCACAACCUACAAUUACAACAUAUGACAGUCUUUAAAUCAUCUAGUAUUCUUGGUUUUGUAUAAUAUUUAUUAAACAAUCAUAACUUUUGAUGCAUUUUGCAAAUUCUUUGGAUGAUUCGAUUAGUCUGAGGGAUAGCUAAGAGUAUAUAUUAUUAUGUUAUAUUUUAUGUAAUUCCUUUUUAAAAUGUAUACAGUAUAAACUAUAUAACCAGGUUUGCCCAAAAUC